AUGAUUUGUAAAACAAAACACUAUUUUUUUGAUCAUCAGUAUAAAGUGUUUAUCGAAAACGAUCAAAUACUUAUCGGAAAGUAAAAAGAAUCUAUCAAGUACAGGGUUCCCUUCUCGCAUAAAAUGUUGAUAUUAUGGAUGUUUUAGAAAGGGAAAUUCACUGGGUUUAAAAUUUUGUUAAAAGAGAAAUGGAAGUAAUUUGACAUGAAUCAUGAGGAUUGUCUAAAAUUCAAAAAGAGUUUGGAUGGGAGAAUAGGUUACAGCAAAAUAGAAUCUCUCUAUAAAUUCUUAGGCACAGUAGGCUUGGGGAGCUAUAGUGAAGUACUCAAACUUUUAAAAACUAGGUAUUUUUAAUUGAAAGUUAUCUCGAUAAUUCAAAAUACAUCGCCAAGAAAAUGGGAAUCAAUUCAAAAAAUGUGUUUAGCGUAAGGCGUUAUUAAUAAUUUAUAGCUUUUCAAUAAUGAAUUAAAGGCCUUGCAAAACCUCAAACAUCCACAUAUCAUAAAGUUGAAAGAGUUUUACUUGAAUUACGCUGAUUGUUACAUAAUAACAAAUUACAUAGAAGGAGAAUCCCUUGCUAAAUUCUUGAGAUACAAUAAAAAAAUAAGUUCGAAAGAAAUCAUAAAUAUCUUGAAACAAUCAUUCGAAGCACUAUCUUACAUCCAUGAAAAUGGCUUCAUACAUAGAGACAUAAAACCAGAGAACAUUAUAUAUGACAAAGAUCAUAAAUUUAUUACUUUGAUAGAUUUCGGAUUCGCAACAAGAAUCGGAUUACAAGAGUAUAUUGCAGGGACUCCUGGUUAUACUGCCCCUGAAUUAUUUGAUAAUGUAGUUUCAAACGAGAAAUGCGACAUUUUCAGUUUGGGGUGUAUUUUGUACGAAUUAAUUUAUGGGAAGAAACUAUUCUAAGGAUAGUCUCUUUUUGACAUUCAAUUUGCAAACAGGGAGUGUCAGUAUACUCUCAACCUGACUGAUCACCCUUUACAUGAUUUGCUAAGGAGAAUGCUCGAAAUAGACUUAAGCAAUAGGAUAGUCGCUAAGGAAGGAUUGAAUCUUCUACUAUAGUUUGAAUAAAACAUUCAAAUUUGA